ACCCGAGUCUCUGUCCCAAUCCUAGUAGGUUGUUUGCUAGUUUGGUACACCCACCUACCGGUCCGAGAAUUCUCUCUUCUUCGUCUUCUUUAUUUGCCGUACAGAACUUGUGCCCUGUGUAUCUGCAAUCUAUCUGCUCCACAUCAGUAGCAGUAGCCGUAGCAGCGGGGAGUCACUCAUGGCGGCCGCGUCGCACAAGCCCCUGGGCGCGAUCACCGCCGGCGACCUGGCCGCCGCGGCGCCCGGGACGGACGCCGCCGCGUUCCACGCGGCCCUCCGGCGCGCGCUCGGCGCCGGCGACGCGGACCCCGCCGCCGUGUGGGGGGAGCUCUGCCGGUCCCUGCUCCGCCCGGACGUCCCCUUCGCCAUCCACCGGAUGCUUUACUACGGCUGCUUCGCCGGGCUCCCGUCCCCCACGCCGCCCGCCUGGACCCCCGACCCCGAGGAGGCGGCCUUGACCAAUGUCGGCCGCGUCAUGGAGGCGCGGGGGAGGGAGCUCCUCGGAGACGCGUACCAGGAUCCCAUCACCAGCUUCACUGACCUCUACAAGUUCUCCAACGAGAACCCAGAGGCGUACUGGAAGAUGGUCUUUGAGGAUAUGGGUGUUGAGUUCAGUGUGGAGCCGUCUUGCAUCUGGAGAGAGAGCCAUGCGUAUCCUGGUGGCGAGUGGUUACCGGGCGCAGAGCUGAAUGCUGCCGCCAAUUGCCUGACGGCUAAACCUGGGAGAAGCUCCGAGGAUGUUGCCAUUGUGUGGAGGGAUGAAGGAAAGGAUUCAGAACCUCUCAACUUCAUGACUCUUGAGGAGCUGAGGAAAAAAGUUUGCCAUGUGGCAAAUGCACUUGAUGCACUGGACCUGCCAAAGGGAUCCGCAAUUGCUAUCGACAUGCCUAUGAACGUGAAUGCUGUCGUGAUCUACCUUGCGAUUGUUUUAGCAGGCUAUGUGGUUGUCUCAAUUGCAGACAGCUUUUCUGCACUGGCAAUAUCAACAAGGUUGAAGAUAUCAGAAGCAAAAGCAAUUUUCACUCAGGAUUACAUCCUUCGUGAUGACAAGGAACUGCCAUUGUACAGUAGAGUUGUGGAGGCUAAGGCCCCUAUGGCAGUUGUGAUCUCUGCAAGGGGAUCAUUGCCAAUAAAGGGACUGCGUCUUAACGACCUAUCCUGGCAGGAUUUCCUUGGAAGGGUUAAUGAUACCAAGGUGGAAAGUUAUGCUGCUGUUAAUCAACCUGCCUACGCUUUCACCAAUAUCCUAUUUUCGUCAGGGACCACAGGGGAGCCCAAGGCAAUUCCAUGGACACAUAUGACCCCCCUAAAGGCAGCUGCUGAUGGAUGGUGUCACAUGGAUAUUCGUAAAGGAGAUGUUGUUGCGUGGCCAACAAAUCUUGGUUGGAUGAUGGGCCCCUGGCUUGUAUAUGCCUCCUUACUCAAUGGAGCUUCCAUGGCUCUGUAUAACGGCUCCCCAAAUAGUUCAGGUUUUGCAAAGUUUGUACAGGAUUCUAAGGUGACAAUGCUUGGACUGGUACCCAGCAUCGCUCGUACAUGGAAAAAUACUGAUUGUACAGCUGGAUUUGACUGGUCCUCCAUCCGGUGCUUUAGCUCAUCUGGGGAGGCGUCCAGUGUGGAUGACUAUUUAUGGCUGAUGGGAAGAGCUUGCUACAAGCCAGUUAUUGAGUAUUGUGGAGGCACAGAGAUUGGUGGUGGAUUUGUUACUGGAUCUUUGCUGCAACCUCAAGCGCUGUCUGCAUUCAGCACACCUGCCAUGGGUUGCAACUUGUUCAUUCUUGACAGCAGCGGGAAUCCCUUGCCACAAGAUUCAGUGGGUAUUGGUGAACUCGCGCUUGAUCCGAUUUUAUUUGGAUCAUCAACAACUCUGCUAAACGCUGAUCAUCAGGAAGUUUAUUUCAACGGAAUGCCAGAAUGGAAUGGGAAAGUCCUCCGCAGACAUGGAGAUGAAUUUGAGCGUACUUGUGAUGGAUAUUAUAGGGCUCAUGGGCGCGCAGAUGACACAAUGAAUCUUGGUGGCAUUAAGGUUAGUUCCAUCGAGAUUGAGAGGAUCUGCAACAGAGCAAACGACGCCAUCCUCGAAACAGCAGCUAUUGGGGUUCCGCCAAUAGGUGGUGGCCCUGAACAGCUAACGAUAGCCGUCGUUUUCAAAGACCAGAGCAAACAAGUAGAGGACUUGAACCAGCUGAAACUAGCGUUCAACAUGGCUCUGAAGAAGCUGAACCCCCUCUUCAAGGUCUCUUCUGUUGCCGUGGUUCCAUCGCUCCCUAGAACCGCCUCGAACAAGGUCAUGAGGAGAGUCCUGCGCAAGGAGUUCACCCAAGCAGCACAGGCGAAAAUAUCAAAAAUCUAGAUACUUAGAAAUAUAUUUCUUCCCUGCAAAUGUACCCCACCAAGAAAGAGCUAUACAACAAAGUGUGCAUAUCAUUAUACAUAGGCCCUUCAGAAUCAAGUUGUUUACCUCUAGAAAGGAGGUAUGAGUUGUAUCUAUAUUUCGGAAAAAUAAAUGAGCUGUAUUUCCUGCCAAAGGAUUUCUUCACUUCGUGCCAACUCUCACACAUGAGGUGCUAAUAAAACAUUCAUGAUAUCAUUUUUUCUGAAUA